UCUGCCUCUGUCUGUCUGGGCCCAUCCGUCUCAUAGGGAAAGUUCCUCCUGACCCAGAAACGCUGUUUGUCCCCAAAUUGUGCCACAUACACUCCUGUCUGUCUGAGUCGGCACAGUUUGACAUUGAACGCAACACCACCCGGCUCUGAGAAGAAGAAGAAGAAGAAGAAGAGGCCAGGAGUUGGUUAUUGUCCGAAAGAUGCAAAGCUUUUGACCUCACUGGAGCUUGUUUGACUGAAGUUAAGGGACUGAUAAGAUGCGUUCUAGUGUGGCUGGACCACCAAGCCCCCUUGACAGAGCAGGAGGCACUGGCACCAACAACCACAACAACAACAGCAGCAGUGAAAGCAGUGGAAACUCAGGUUCCCAGUAUGCAUUAUGUGCUCUGGGGGUGGGGCUUGUCGCCCUCGGUAUCGUGAUGAUUGUGUGGAGCGUGGUACCUGCUGACGCGGCUGGUAAUAGCAGCAGCAGCAGCAGCGGCAGUUCGGGUGGAGUGGGUGAUACCGGUGACAGGAAACAUAAAGCGUCCUCUGUGGCCUUUGUCUUGGUGGGAUCUGGGGUGGCCAUGCUGCUGCUGUCCUUGUGUCUGGGAAUGAGGAACAAGCAGCGGGAGCAGCAGAGGCUCCUGGAGAGGCAGAACCAAGGAGCAGAGGCAGCUCGGCAGCAGGAAGACAGAGAAACUGCUGAGGAACAAGCCCAACGCUACGCUGUACCUAGCUAUGAAGAGGCAGUAGGCAGUGGCCAGUACCCUGUCCGUCAGAGCAACCUUCGCCCAAGCACCUCCCAGCUACCUUCCUACGAUGACCUUGUCCAAGUUGAUGGUGUACAGUAUGAAUUCGAGGGGCCAGAGGUCACACCAACCGGAGCACAGCCUGCUCCAGCUUCCAGUGCUCCCACAGCUCCCAGUGCUGCUGCUUCCACAUCAAAUCGCAGAGCUGGGAAAAACACCCGCAAGCUCCUCCCUAUCAAGAUCCGCAGGAUUAAAUCAGAGAAGCUGCACAUGAAAAACACUGAUAACUCUCAGCCGCCGGCUGGAUUCAGUAUAGAGCCACUCACCCCUCCGCCGCAGUAUGAGGAUAAAGUCCCUCCGAUCUGAGAUCAAGCUGAUGGUGUUUAAAACAAUCUACUGAAACUCCUGGAGUCCUCCAUGAUCACCUGUCAUGGAUCUGGAUCUGGAUCUGUGGUUUUAAGACUUGAAGAUGGCCUUUCUUGCAGAACAUUCUCAGAGGCACUUUGUAUUUUUUUUUUUUUAGAAAAUACAGCAUCUGUUCUAACUCUUCUCUUGUGCCACAUCGCUCCAAAUCAUGAAAUACAGAAACCUUUUUUAAAUUUUGGAUCUCUGAAACAGAUACGGACCGAUAGUAAUGGACACAGUUACUGGAGCCUUCUUCACAGUUUGACUGAUUCUGUCACGCGGUGGCACAUUGGAUUAAAAGCAAACACCAAAGGCAGUUUUCCUUUAUCUCAGUCAUUUUCCAUUUUGCAUUAUGUUAAUGUUCUCCACUCUGCACUGACUGUCAUCACGGGACACCACUGACUGGUUAUGGUGAGGAUUUGUGUGCACACUUAAGUAGAUACAUGCAGGGCGCUCAUUUUGUAAAGUAGCUGCUGCUUGGGCUGUGUCUCACCCUGGGAGGCUUUGGAUUACUAUUGCCAGUGGUUGACCAAAUGUAGGCUUCAUGGUGUGUGACUGAGCAUUGUAUGUGCUUAGCUGGCCUGACCUGCUGUGGUAUGCACAGACACUCUCCCUCACUGUCAACAACAUAGUCCCUCCGGGUCUUCUAGAGCUCUACAGCAAAUAAGCAACUAUUCUGGUAAAUGCUGCUCAGUGUUGGAGAGAGGCUACUGCUGAAGUCCCUCCCUGCUUCCAUAUUAGCUUUGCGUCAGAUGGCUUUCUUUAUCGGUCUCCUUGAAAAGCUGAAACAUGGCACUGGGUGACCACUGGACAGCACCAUUUAAGAAUUGUCUACUUGUAACCAUGAUAAAACAGAGCUUUGUUGGAAUUUAUCAGCUACAGCUCCCAUGACUCUUAGCAACAGGCACUCUACCAAACCCCAAUGGGAGUUGAAAUUGUUGAAUGCCAACAAAGUGUCACUUGUUUUAUCUUAGAAGUAUCAAGUCACUCAAAUGUUACCAUCCAGUACAGCAGCAUAUUUAAGAGAAAAGCCAAGUUUUAUGUUUCUCCUUAGAAAGACAAAACCCUACGCAGUACAAAGUCUGGUGGAAUGAACGGAAGGCCAAAAUGAAACAGCUGUUCACGAGGUUAAAGGGAUAAUUCAGGUCGUUUGAAUUGGGGUUGUUUGAGGUACUUAUCCAUAGUCAGUGUAUUACACACAGUAGAUGUCAGUUGGUAUGUCCCCAGUUUGGAGACCCACCCAAAACAAUCAAGUGUACACUUAAUUUAGAAUAUUUUCACCCCUUUGUUUUCAGUCAAACAAAUCAAAUCCAUCUUCAAAUCCAGACUCCAUUAAGAAAAACAGUGAUUUAAUCUUGCUGAACACAGGAGCUGCUGAUACCUCGAUCAGUUAUUGUCUUUGUUUUAUUGUGUGACUUUGCCAUUUAAAGGGGGUAGUUUGGAUUCACCAAAGUCAAACAGUAACACAAGCUAACUAACAGAUCAAGGCAGCUGGACCAGCAGCUCCUGUGUUCUGCGAACUAAGAUCAUCGUUGGGGAAUAGAUUACUUUAACGGCUUACCCAUCUGUCUCCAGCAAAGUACAGCAGUGAAAAUACUUUCAAUGUAGCAUAUGCUCAAACACUAUUUUUUUUAUGUUGCUUGACCAGCACUUCCUGUCUUCAGCAAUGUUAAAUUACUGUUUUUGUCAGCGGGGUCUGGCUUUGAAGAGAGUGAUGUAACGGCUUCAGUUCCCCAUCAGAAUUCACUGUCUGAGGGUGGGGUAACAUGGUUAAAAUAUUUUUAAAUAUAGCGUACACUUAAACUGGUAUUGAUUUUUUUUUAGGUGGCUUAAAUAAGGUAAGCUGCUGACCCUGUCCACAGCAGUACAUUGCUUAGCUUCUGUGUCAGUACUCCUUCCUGCUUCUCCAAACUCGGGGCAUGCUAACCACUAUCUAGUGUAUUAAUACACUGUCUAUAGAUAAGUACCCCAUACAACCUAAUUUAAAAAAAACCCAAACUAUCCCUUUAAAGUUGUGGGUAUUUCUUUACUAAGCAGGACAUGGGCUAAAAUCACUGAAUUUCUGUGGUUAGUUGUUUUAUUAAAUGUGCCUUAAGUUAGUAUCUUUACUUUACCUACCUACCUACCUACCUACCUCCCUACCUCCCUCCCUCCCUCCCUCCUUUGGUGCCAGGCAGGCAGCAUGCUCACAUUAGACGACCAUUUGGCGCCAGGCAGGCAGCAUGCUCACAUUAGACGACCAUACAGUCUGUGCUAAAAACUGAACAAUUAGCUCUGGAGUCAGUUGUGAACAUACGACCAAACAGCUAUUCAAAAGUGUAAACUAGCUGGCUGUCAGUUAGGUAGAGAAUAGAGAGGCAAAGCCCAUCCUUUGUACGGGACCUUAAUUUGGAAACUAUGUACAGUUGUUAAAGGCGAGAGACAAGAAAAAAAAAAUCCAGUUUGAAUUGUGCCAUGAAUAACACAUGUUGAAUAACAACAUGUUUUUUCAAAUCAAGAAAGUCGCAGUUUCUGGUAGUACAUUUUGGUUUUGUGUGAAACUGUUCAGUGAACUAGACUACAUCUUUUUUUAUCGCAUAAUAUACAUGUCACCAACGCCUGCUAGCCAGCUAGCUAGCUAACAUAGCUAUGUUUCAAGCACAAAACAUAAUGUUAUCUUGCUUGAUGUGUUUAAUCUGGUGACCCUUGGCCUUUUUUUCAGCUGGGAGCAAGUCCUGUUUCUCGUGUGAGUUCAUGUCGUACAAAACACAGCGAGAGAGAAAGUAUGACGUUACCUACGUGACUUGUGUAGUCUUCCUAAAUACGCAUUUUAACGUAUACUUUUACAGUUUCAGAACAAACUGCAACUUUCUUGACUUUCUUUCUUGACAUUUUGAGGGGAUCAAAAAUUAAUUGUCUCUUCUCAUUGACUACUGUACAUAUUUUUUUCUGAGUUUAGGUCCCAUGGUUGUCCACCAGACAUGGAGGGUCUUGGCCUCUCUACAAGAGGGUGCUCUGUUAAGGAUUUAAUGCAUAAAAUGUAUAUUUAUACCUACUAGUACAGUAUCAAUGGUCAUCAUUAGGUUGCUUUUUAAGAGAAAUAACUUAUUAGGAGGGGGCGGCACGGUGGUGUGGUGGUUAGCACUGUCGCCUCACAGCAAGAGGGUUGCCGGCUCGAUCCCGGGCGAGGGAGUCCCCCCGUGCAGAGCCCGCAUGCUCUCCCCGUGUCAGCGUGGGCUCUCUCCAGGCGCUCCGGCUUCCUCCCACAGUCCAAAGACAUGCAGAUUGGGGACUAGGUUAAUUGAUAACUCUAAAUUGUCCGUAGGUGUGAAUGUGAGUGUGAAUGGUUGUUUGUCUCUAUGUGUCAGCCCUGUGAUAGUCUGGCGACCUGUCCAGGGUGUACCCUGCCUCUCACCCGACAUCAGCUGGGAUAGGUUCCAGCCCCCCUGGGACCCCCAAGAGGAUGAAGCAGUUAGAAGAUGAAUGAAUGAACUUAUUAGGAAGAAACUAUUUUGUGGGAAGUUGACAGUCUCACCUCAUGGAGUCUUUAAGGAGUGCUAAUGCUAACUGAUUGCAGCAGUUGUACACGCUGAAGUAAAGUUAAGUGCCUUUGUUUUCACACCAUCACUGCUUUCACUGACAUUGUAUGACUGAACCUGAGCUCUAAUGUUGGUAUUCCAAUGAAGUGUUGCCUGUACUCCCGCAAACAGCGGGUAGAGGAGGAAGUAUGUGAUAGCAUAAUGGAAGGAUCUCAUGUGAAUAGUUGAAAGCCUUCCCCCCCCGUAGCCAUGGUGAACACUGUUGAGCUGUGAAGGCAGUAGCCUCCGCUUCAAUCUGGGCUUGUUUUUGCUCGAGAUGACCAACAGAAAGACUCUUUGACUGUGCAGCUGCGCCAAAACAACAGCAACUAUUGCUCACUGGCUUGCUCAUCACCAUUCCUCCAACCACAGCUUGACUUGCAGCCCUGUGUUCACUUAGAAGUAUGCAGAGAAUGAGCACAAGAGAGAAGACAGAUGUGCAGAGAGCUGGUUUGAGCUCCAUUACCGUGCAUUAUUUUAUCAAUACCUGUCUUUUUCUUCUUCAGGGUAGAUUUGUUUUGAUAUGAACAGCUGAAGCCAAAUACCAGUCAUUCAGUUGAACAUUAAGUUGCACAAGUUUUUUUUCCUCUUUUCAUUAAUGACUUCGUCAUCCCGCUUCUCACUGUGUUGAAAUAAAACUCCUAAUAAAACUUCCUCUGUCACUGUCAUGCAAGAGGCAACAAGGUCAUUGUGGCACUUCAGGUUUUUAAAUCCAACAUUUCAACAUCUACAUUUCUCUGAUUUAUUUUCAAAGUGGAAACUCGCCAUGCAGCCUAUUAAAAUCUUUGUUUUUGUCAUGUUCAGUACUGCAAACAUAGUCAUCGUACCUCAUUUGCACAGUACCAGUUUAACUACACGAUUGAUUUUAUUACUACAUAGUCGAAAUGUUUUACAUUGAUGGAAUGAGUGUUGUGAUUUAGCUGUCACUUUCUGUUUUACUUAGACGAGUGCCCGAAGCACAAGUUUGCUGUUUGUUCAUUUAUUAUUGCUUUUUUAUUACUGAAAUCUUCAUUUCUUUUAUAUUUACUGUGAAAAUGUGCUUUUCUAUGGUAGUUUUAAUUUGUUUGUGGAAAAUUAUUUUUUGUCUCUGAAGAGUAAAAACAAAUUUAUCUCAUGAAUAUUUUAUGAGAAAUAAAAGGAAGUAUUUGUUAAUUAA